AUGCUGACAGCAGAGACUACCACAGAACUAACUACAGAAGAAGCUAGUACCACAGAAACAACUACAGCUACAUCAGUGUUAAUAACAAUGACACCUGGCACUACCACAGAGCUUAGUAUGGAAAAAACAACUACAGAAUUAGCAACUACUACAGUGCCAACAGAGACUACCACAGAAUUAACUCCCAAAGAAAGCAGCACAAUAGAAACAACUACACCAUUACCAUCAAUAAUAGCAGAAACUACCACAAAGCAACCUACAGGUGAAAUCAGCACAACUGAAACAACAAUUACGGAGAUACCAUCUACAACAGUACUGACAAUAACGACAACACACGGUACAACAGGACUGACUACAGAAGAAACUGGUAGUAUAGCAGAAACUACAACUACAUCAAUUCCAACAAAAAUUACAACUGAGGCUACCACACAGAUCAGUAUGGAUACAACAACUACAGAUGGAACAACUGCAACGAUGCCAACACAGACUACCACAGAUUUAACUGCUGAAGGAAGCAGUACAACAGAAACAACAACUAUGAAUUUAGUAACUACAACAAUGACAGUGACAACAACAGAGAGUACCACAACAUUUAAUGCUGAAGAAACCAGCACAACUGAAAUAACAAUAACAUCACUAACACCAACAAUGACAACAGACGCUACCACAGGGCAACCUACGGAACAAACCAGCACAGCCAAAGCAAGCACUACAGAAUUACUAACAACAACAGAGCUGACAACAAAGGUAACAGAGACAAGUACAGAACUAACUACAGAAGAAACCACUCCAACAGAAACAGCAACUACAUCAGUGCACACAAUUACAACUGAAGGCACCACAGAGAUGACAGUGGAACUAACAACCACGCAACUACCAACUACUACAAUACCUACAAUGGUAACACAGUCUACAACAGAAUUUAGUACACAAGCAAGCAGUACAACAGAAUCAACAACUUCAAAUUUAGUAAGUACAACAAUGCCAGUGACAACAACAGAGAUUACCACAGAAUUAACUGCAGAAGAAACCAGUACAACGGAAACAACAACUUCAUUGUCAACAACAGCCGAGGCAACCACUGGCCUAACCACAGGAGAAACCAGUACAACCAAAACAACAACUACAGAACUACCAACUUCAACAGUGUUGACAACCAUGACAACAGACACUACAGCAGAGCUAAGUAGGGAAACAACGACUACAGAAUUAACAACUUCAUCUAUGCCGCCAGAGACUACAACAGAGAUAAGUAUGGAAAUAACAACUUCAGAAUUACCAACUUCAACAAUGCUGGCAACUUCGACAACUGUGAUUACACCAGCACUGACUACAGAAAAUAUCAGUACAGCAGAAACUACAGCUACAGCAGUGGUAACAACAAUGGCAACUGACACUCCCACAGAGGUCAAUAAGGAAACAACAACUACAGAAUUAGCAACUACUACAGUGCCAACAGAGACUACCACAGAAUUAAGUACUGAAGAAAGCAGCACAACAGAAACAACGAUACAGUUGUCAACAACAACAGCAGAGACUACCACAAGGCAAUCUACAGGAGAAAUCAGCACAACUGAAACAACAAUUACGGAGAUACCAUCUACAACAAUCAGUAUGGAUACAACAACUACAGAUGGAACAACUGCAACGAUGCCAACACAGACUACCACAGAUUUAACUGCUGAAGGAAGCAGUACAACAGAAACAACAACUAUGAAUUUAGUAACUACAACAAUGCCAGUGACAACAACAGAGAGUACCACAACAUUAAAUGCUGAAGAAACCAGUACAACUGAAACAACAAUAACAUCACUGACAACAACAACGACAACAGAGGCUACCACAGAGCAACCUACUGAAGAAACCAGCACAGCCAAAGCAAGCACUACAGAAUUACCAACUACAACAGAGCUAACAACAAAGGUAACAGAGACAAGUACAGAACUAACUACAGAAGAAACCACUCCAACAGAAACAGCAACUAUAUCAGUGCACACAAUUACAUCUGAAGGAACCACAGAGAUGACAGUGGAACUAACAACCACGCAACUACCAACUACUACAAUACCUACAGUGGCAACACAGUCUACAACAGAAUUUAGUACACACGCAAGCAGUACAACAGAAUCAACAACUUCAAAUUUAGAAAGUACAACAAUGUCAAUGACGACAGCAGAGAUUACCACAGAAUUAACUGCAGAAGAAACCAGUACUAUGGAAACAACAACUUCAUUGUCAACAACAGCUGAGGCAAGCACAGGCCUAACCACAGGAGAAACCAGUACAACCAAAACAACAACUACAGAACUACCAACUUCAACAGUGUUGACAACCAUGACAACAGACACUACAGCGGAGCUAAGUAGGGAAACAACGACUACAGAAUUAACAACUUCAUCUAUGCCGCCAGAGACUACAACAGAGAUAAGUAUGGAAAUAACAACUUCAGAAUUACCAACUUCAACAAUACUGGCAACUUCGACAACUGUGAUUACACCAGCACUGACUACAGAAAAUAUCAGUACAGCAGAAACUACAGCUACAGCAGUGGUAACAACAAUGGCAACUGACACUCCCACAGAGCUAAAUACGGAAAAAACAACUACAGAAUUGGCAACUACUACAGUGCCAACAGAGACUGCCACAGAUUUAAGUAUUGAAGAAAGCAGCUCAACAGAAACAACGAUACAGUUGUCAACAACAACAGCAGAAAGUACCACAAGGCAAUCUACAGGAGAAAUCAGCACAACUGAAACAACAAUUACAGAGAUACCAUUUACAACAGUACUGACAAUAACGACAACACAGGGUACAACUGGUCUGACUACAGAAGAAACUGGAAAUGGAACAAAUGCAACGAUGCCAACACAGACUACCACAGACUUAACUGCUGGAGGAAGCAGUACAACAGAAACAACAACUAUGAAUUUAGUAACUACAACAAUGCCAGUGACAACAACAGAGAGUACCACAACAUUAAAUGCUGAAGAAACCAGUACAACUGAAACAACAAUAACAUCACUGACAACAACAAUGACAACAGAAGCUACCACAGGGCAACCUACAGAAGAAACCAGCACAGCCAAAGCAAGCACUACAGAAUUAGCAACUACAACAGAGCUAUCAACAAAGGUAACAGAGAUGAAUACAGAACUGACUACAGAAGAAACCACUCCAACAGAAACAGCAACUACAUCAGUGCACACAAUUACAACUGAAGGAACCACAGAGAUGACAGUGGAACUAACAACCACGCAACUACCAACUACUACAAUACCUACAGUGGCAACACAGUCUACAACAGAAUUUAGUACACAUGCAAGCAGUACAACAGAAUCAACAACUUCAAAUUUAGAAAGUACAACAAUGUCAAUGACGACAACAGAGAUUACCACAGAAUUAACUGCAGAAGAAACCAGUACUAUGGAAACAACAACUUCAUUGUCAACAACAGCUGAGGCAAGCACAGGCCUAACCACAGGAGAAACCAGUACAACCAAAACAACAACUACAGAACUACCAACUUCAGCAGUGUUGACAACCAUGACAACAGAGACUACAGCAGAGCUAAGUAGGGAAACAAUGACUACAGAAUUAACAACUUCAUCUAUGCCGCCAGAGACUACAACAGAGAUAAGUAUGGAAAUAACAACUUCAGAAUUACCAACUUCAACAAUGCUGGCAACUUCGACAACAGAGGUUACACCAGCACUGACUACAGAAAAUAUCAGUACAGCAGAAACCACAGCUACAGCAGUGGUAACAACAAUGGCAACUGACACUCCCACAGAGCUAAAUACGAAAAAAACAACUACAGAUUUAGCAACUACUACAGUGCCAACAGAGACUACCACAGAAUUCAGUACUGAAGAAAGCAGCACAACAGAAACAACAACUAUGAAAGUAGUAACUACAACCAUGCCAACAACAACAACAGCAGAGAAUACCACCGAAUUAAGUGCUGAAGAAAGCAGCACAGCUGAUGCAACUACACCAUUGCCAUCAACAACAGCAGAAACUACAACAAAACAACCUACAGGAGAAACCAGCACAGCUGAAACAACAGUAACAGAGUUACCAACUACAACAAUGCUGACAAUAACGUCAACAGGAUCCACAACAGAACUUACUACAGAAGAAACCAGUAGUAUAACAGAAACAACAGCUACAUCAGUACCAACAGAAAUGACAACAGAUACUACGUCAGAGAUAAUUAUGAAUACCACAACUACAGAAGUAACAACUCCAACUAUCCCAACACAGACUACCACAGAUUUAACUGCUGAAGAAAGCAGUACAACAGAAACAACAACUAUGAAGUUAGUAACUACAACAAUGCAAGUGACAACAACAGAGAGUACCACACCAUUAACUGCUGAAGAAACCAGUACAACUGAAACAACAACAACAUCACUGGUAACAACAAUGACUACAGAGACUACCACCGGACAACCUACAGGAGAAAUCAGCACCGCCAUAGCAACUACUACAAAAUUACCAACUACAACAGAGCUGACAACAAAGGCAACAGAGAUGAGCACAGAACUGAGUACAGAAGAAACCACUACAUCAGAAACAGCAACUACAUCAGUGCAAACAAUUACAACUGAAGGUACCACAGAGCUGGCCAUGGAAAUAACAACUACACAGUUAACAACUGCAUCAAUACCUAUAAUGGCCACACAAUCUACAACUGAACAAAGUACACAAGCAACUAGUACACCAGAGUUAACAACUUCAAAUUUAGUAAGUACAGCAAUGACAACGACGACAGCAGAGAUUACCACAAUAUUAACUGCAGAAGAUACCAGUACAACAGAAACAACAAAUUCAUUGCCAGCAACAACAGCCGAGACAACCACAAGCCUAGCUACAGGAGAAACCAGUACAACCGAAAGAACAACAGGAUUACCAUCUGAAACAGUGCUGACAACAACAAAAAUAGAAUCUACCACAGAAUUAACAGCAGACGAAAGCAGUACAACAUUAACAACAACUACAUCAGUGCCAACAAUGAAAACAGAAACUGCCACAGAGCUGACCUUAGAAACAACAACUACAGAAUUAAAAACUUCUACAAUGGCAACAAUGAGUACUGAGACUACCACAGAUUCUCCCACAGAAGAAACCAGUAAAACUACUACAGAACUGGAAAGUACAACAAUGCUACCAACAGAGACUUCCUCACAGUUACAUACAGGAGAAAUCAGCACAACAGAGUUAACAACUACAUCAAGGCCAACAACUAAGAAUACGAAUGAACCAACUAUGGUAGAAAGCAGUACAAUGGAAUUAACAACAAGGAUAACAACCAAGCAGACAACAACAAGCCUUUCAACUGCCGCUACAACCAGUAUGGCAACAUCAACAGCUGCAACAAAUGCUCCACCUACUGAAGCGCCAUUUACAUGUGAAUCAGCUGGAGAGUUUCAAGAUCUCGCGAACUGCAGCAAUUUUUACCUCUGCAUACCACUGUCAUCAGGGGACUUUGUGUACAUAAUGUUUUCAUGCCCAGAUGGGUCACAGUUUGAUUCUGUGACUAAGAAAUGUUCUCAGAAUGCAACGUGUAUUGCCCCAUCAUGUAAUGACUUUGGAUUCUACUGUCUCAGCACUUCACAAGUCCAGUUAUGUUAUGAUUCAAAACCACCAACUGGUGAUACUUUCACAUGUCCUGCAAACACAUACUGCAGUAUGGACUGUCAGUACCCAUGCUGGGCAGAUAUUCCUUGUACGACCACUGCAUCCCCCUCAACAUCAACAACAGUUUUACCUACAUCGACAGUUACCCUACCACCAACUACUACUACAGAACCGUUCGUUUGUUCAGAGACUGGACGGUUUCCUGAUCCUGCUAACUGCAGUCUUUAUUAUGUCUGCUCUCCCAGAUCUUCAGGUGGCUUCUACACGAUGCACUUUUCUUGUCCUCCACCAUUAUUGUAUAAUCCUAGCAUGCGACAAUGUUCUGACAGUUUUACAUGUACAGUGACUACUGAAUCUCCCGCAAUGUCCACAACGUUACCACCAACCACUGUUGAGUCCCCCUCAGCGUCUACAACAGCUUUGGCAACAACGACAGUUUCACUGCCUCCAUCUACCGGCGAAUCUCCCUCAACAUCCACAACAGUUUCCCCAACAUCGACAGUGACAUUACCGCAAACUACUACUGCAGCACCAUUCGUCUGUUCAGAGGCUGGACGGUUUCCUGAUCCCGCUAACUGUAGUCUCUAUUAUAUCUGCUCUCCCAAGUCUUCAGGUGGCUUCUAUACACUGCAUUUCUCUUGUCCUCCAUCAUCGCUGUAUAAUCCUAGCACACAACGAUGUAUUAAUAAUUUUACAUGUUCUACCACAGAGUUGGUUGAUAGCACCGUGCCAACAAUAGUCGCGUCAACAUCACGUCCGUUUACUUGUGAAGUGUCUGGACGUUUUGCUGAUCCAGAAGACUGCAAAUCAUACUAUCUAUGCUCGCCAAAAUCGUCUGGAGGAUUCUAUACAAUGCAUUACCAGUGUCCUCCAUCAACAGCUUACAAUCAAAAUACAAGCCAGUGUACCACAGCAUCGAGUGUUAACUGUGGAGCUGCUUAUAUGUUCCAUGCAAUAUUACAUCAAGCUGAAGGACAAACCUGUGCCUCUAAUGUGGAUUAUGUUUGUGUAAAUGAAACGGCAUUCGAAUCCUGUUCGAAUGGCAAUGUAGUCCCUGAUUUUAUACAGUCAUGUAGCCCCUUGAACUGUUAUGAUGGCUGUGUAGUCUUCUGCGCAGAGAGUGAGGCAUACUGUGUUCCGGUAGCAACUGAAACGACUACAACUGAAUCGUCAUCAACCACAACGGAAUUAACAACAGCACCGACAACAACGACGACUGAGACUACCACGGAACUAACUACAGAAGAAGCCAGUACAACAGAAACAACAACUACAGAACUAACAACUACAACAAUGCCGACAUCAACAACGACAGAGACGACCACAGAACUAACUACAGAAGAAACCAGUACAACAGAAACAACCACCACGCAAUUAACAACUACAACAAUGCCGAUAUCAACGACGACAGAGACCAUAACAGAACUGACUACAGAAGAAACCAGUUCAACAGAAUUAACAACAACCAAGCAGCCAACAACCGCUAUGGCAACAUCAACUGCUCCAACAGAAGCCCCACCUACUGAAGCGCCAUUUACAUGUGAAUCAGCAGGAGAAUUUCAGGAUCUCGGGAACUGUAGCAAUUUCUACCUAUGCAUACCACUAUCUUCAGGAGACUUUGUAUACAUAAUGUUUUCAUGUCCAGAUGGUUCUCAGUUUGAUUCUGUGACUAAGAAAUGUUCUCAAAACGCAACAUGUAUUACUCCAUCAUGUAAUGACUUUGGAUUCUACUGUCUCAGCACGUCGCAGGUUCAGUUAUGUUUUGAUUCAGAGCCACCAAGUGGUGAUGCUUUCACAUGCCCUACAAACACAUACUGCAGUAUGGAUUGUCAAUACCCAUGCUGGACAGAUAUCCCUUGUACAACCACAGCACCUCCCUCAACGUCAACAACAGCUUUACCUACAUCGACAGUGACGAUACCACCGACUACUACUGCAGAACCGUUCGUUUGUUCAGAGACUGGACGGUUUCCUGAUCCUGCUAACUGCAGUCUUUAUUACGUCUGCUCUCCCAAGUCUUCAGGUGGCUUCUACACGAUGCACUUUUCUUGUUCUCCACAGUCAUUGUAUAAUCCUAGCACGCAACAAUGUUCCGAUAGUUUUACAUGUUCUACUGCAGAACUGCUAGACAAUUCAAACAGCACAGUGUCAACAAUAGUCACAUCAACAUCGCAGCCCUUUACUUGUGAAGAAUCUGGACGUUUUGCUGAUCCGGAUGACUGCAAAUCAUACUACCUAUGCUCACCAAAAUCAUCUGGAGGAUUCUACCAGAUACAUUACCAGUGCCCACCUACAUCAGCUUAUGAUCAAAGCACACGCCAGUGCAGUGCAUCGUCGAGUGUUAACUGUUGA